UGCACGGUGGCUCUGCAGGGUCAGUAGUCAGUCAUCGACGGUGUUCUGCCCUCGCUGCGGUAAUGAUGCCCUGGUGCGUGUCAUGAUGAGAACAGACGAGGAAGGCAAGGUUAUCUACGGCAACUUUGGCGCCAAAUCUCUCAGCCAGCGCGGUGUACAGUAUUCGCUGCCUCUACCCAAGGGUGGCCGCCACGCCGUCAACCCAAUCGUCAAUCCUGACCAAAGAGUCAGUUAUCGGCCGCCUCGGUCACGCGAUGCUCCGCUCAACGCCUUAGACCCGGACUAUGUGGGUGGUGGGUCGCCGUUCGUAAUGAACGACGUCACAAGUCGCGGCGUGAACAUUGCUUUUAGGAAUAAGAGUGGCCAUGCUACACCACGAGCACCUGGUCAGCGGAGGACCAACCCCAAUGCGAGUAGGCCACGCAAGAAGAAGUGAUGAAUUUUUUACUUCUCACCUGUAAAUUGUACAUAUCGUAGUGCCCCCCCCCCCCCUCAAAUAUUCAUUGGUUGAGGGUGCCCCCCCCCCCCUUCAUUUUGUAAAUUUCUUUUUUCUCCCCCCAGCAUUCUGUAUAUCCCUGGUCCAUAUAAUAACCAUGUCUGUACAUACCCCCCCCCCCCCCCCCGAUUUUUGUACAUAUUCAUUCUCCUACCCAUGGCCAUGUACAUAGCCAUUUGUUCCCCAGAUCGGUGCACAAAAUAUUCAUUUGGGCUUAUGAAUAUUACCUACUUGAGUACAUUUGGCGGAAAUGGAGUGAAAAAGGGCUUUCCGUACAGAAAAGAGAAAUUCAUGAUA